CGAUCUGCCGCUGGACAGCCAAAAAUCCAAAUUCAGAGUAAACAUGAAUGUGCUGCUGGUGCUGUACGUCUCCGUGCUCAUCCUGCUCCAGCUGGUGGCGAUCAAUGGCAAUGGCUUCAGCACGCAAUAUCGGGGACACACGCAACACCCAACACUGGCCGGGCAUUGCUACUACGAGGAACUGGAUCUGGCUGUUCCGCUGAAUGGCGAAAUUCUGCCGGUCAAUCACGAGGACUACUGUGUCAAGGUGCUCUGUGCCGAUGAUUAUCUAUUGAUGAUUAAACACUGUGAGCCGCAACCUUUUCCGCUUCCUGGAUGCCAGCUUUCGCCCGGCAAUUAUGGUGUGCAGUUUCCCGAAUGUUGUCCACAGCUAGAGUGUCCCACUCGUGCAUAGUAUUUUGUGAUUUGUUGCUUAACUAAUUAAACGUACAUUUGUGCUUAUUAUUUUUUGA